CCAGCGGCGGCCCCGUUCCCAGCCGUCCUGUAGCAGUACCAGAACUCUUCAUUAAGCCACAUUCUCUCUGCGGCAGUAAAAUGCUGUUCCGCUUCGGCGUGGUGCUGCCCGCCCGGGUGACGGAGGGCGGCGCGGAGCUGCUGGUGGCCGGGUCGCGGCCGGAGCUGGGCGAGUGGGACCCGCGGCGCGCCGUGCCCAUGAGGCGGGCGCGGCCGAGCGCCCCGCUGCCCGCCCAGGAGCCCGCGCUGUGGCUGGCGGAGGUGGCGGUGCCGGACGAGGACGCCGCCAGCCCCUUCUGGUACAAGUUCCUGCGGCGGGAGGGCGGCCACUUCCUCUGGGAAGGUAGUGGGCCCCAUCAUGAUCGAAGUUGUGUUUACAACCACAGUGACAUAGUAGAUGGAGUUUACUGCCUCCCGAUAGCACACUGGAUUGAAGUCUCUGGACAUACUGAUGAGAUGAAGCACACAACCGAUUUCUAUUUUAAUAUUGCAGGACAUCAAGCUAUCCAUUACUCCAGGAUUCUGCCAAACAUCUGGCUGGGAAGUUGCCCUCGGCAGCUGGAGCAUGUGACCAUCAAGCUGAAGCAUGAGCUGGGUGUUACAGCUGUGAUGAACUUCCAGACUGAAUCUGACAUUGUUCAAAAUUCCUGGGGCUGCAACCGCUACCCAGAACCCAUGAGCCCCGAAAUCCUAAUGAAACUGUAUAAGGAAGAAGGCCUUGCCUAUGUCUGGCUGCCAACUGCAGACAUGAGUACUGAAGGAAGAAUACAGAUGUUGCCACAAGCUGUCUGCCUCCUGCACGGGCUACUGGAGAAUGGACACACUGUCUAUGUCCAUUGCAAUGCUGGUGUUGGCAGGUCUACAGCUGCUGUCAGUGGCUGGCUGAAGUACGUGAUGGGAUGGAGCCUGCGGAAAGUGCAGUACUUUUUGGUUUCCCGGAGACCAGCUGUCUACAUAGACGAGGAAGCUCUGAAUCGUGCUGAAGAUGAUUUCUACCAGAAAUUUGGGCAUCUUCGUUCCUCAUACCAAAUACAAGAGUAGAAAAGCAGAAGAGGAAAAGGAAGGUGAAGAAGAGGAAUCUUUACAUUUGAACCCCAAGAAAUUUCUGUGACUCAGGCACCCACCUCACCUCUUCAGAUUAUGAGCUUCUUGUAAAACUGAUGAGAAUUUUGUUUAAAAAGUGCCUUUGAGUGGUUUUUAUUUGCUUUCUUUAAGCUGAUAUGAUUCAUGUUUUCAAGCCUUUUGGUGCAAUUAUGAGACCUAGAAACUCUGCAAAGUGAAACAAGAUUUUGUUUUAACUAUUUGCCUAUAGGAACUGAGGUUUUAGGGUAGACACUAAACAAGAUGUGAGGUGAAAUAGAGUGGGCAAUAUUUCAGUGACAAGAAAAAAAUACAAAGAUUGACUGGAUUAAGGUUCAGGUUAGGAUGGAGUAGAUCAUCAUCAAAGCUGCUCAGUUAUUUUAGGCAGAUACUAGAUUGUUGCAGUGUUUUGUAGUAAUUCUGUAGACAAGUGGUGUUAAUGAGAAAGACCAGAAGGAAACCAGUUCUUCAACUCAAUGUUUAAAAACAAAAAGCUAAUGUCUAAUGCAGUGAACUAAAAUUUGCUCUUCUAGUUAAUGUUAGAUAUUAUGAGUUCCAGCUAUAUCCUUCUGUGACAUCGGGGUUAUGCUGGGAUGUGGCACGAAGAGAGGAAACAGCUCCAGCUGUGGCAGUCUUGCUCUGUUGUGGGGAAGGACCACUGUUUAUUACAUGAUCCUAGGCUGUGAGUUCUUGGAGUUGAAGCUACAUUUUGCUCCUCUGGUCCAUGCAGUGCUGUACAGGGGGCUCCCUUAGGUGCCAAGUCAGUCUGAGCAGUAACCACUGGGGCAAGACAGGACCUAUAGGAAUUGUGUGAUAAGUGUCUGUGCAUGACUGGCAUCUGGGCUGUUGACCUAGAUCAGUGUCUUCAGUACAGCAAAAGCCUCUCCUUGUGCAAGCAGUGGGUGUAUGUUAGGUUUAGCUGGUUGAAGCUAAUGCUGGGCUGUGAAGUGAAUGCUGGGCUGAAUGAAGUGAAUACCUUCCUCUAUAGGAACAAAGAGCAACUCUGCAGAGGAUAGUUUCUCAGGAGCUCAGCCUCAGUGUUAGCUUUGCGGAUGAUCCCUAAUGUUUUCCACUGCUGCUUGGUCCCUUAGCUAAACUAAGCAGUGGCACCAACAGCUUCCAGUCCCACUCAGAUAAAACCAAUUUGCUGUAGGUUGAGUUCAAGAGAGAAGAGAGGAUUAAGGAUGCAUAAACAUUAAGAAACCUAAUUUCUAUAGGUUUAUUCUUCAGUGAAAUCUCUUUUUUUCCAGCCAAUUUGUUCCUCUAAAGAAGCAGUCAGUGACAGAUAUAUAUCAAUAUAUCAAUAUAUAUUGAUUUUCUGAAUACUUAAUGGAGAAACUAUUACAUAUGAACUGUUUACAGAGAAUGUCCAAAAUAAUAAGUUUUAUUUAUCCUAUACUUCAAUCUUGAAAAGGAGAAAUGUUUAUUUAAGUUAUUCUAUGUGUGGUUUUGAUCAUGACUUUGUUUCUGAUUUUUUGAAAUAACACUGCCUGUUUAGAAAGUGGAUGAGAAAAGUUCUCUGUUAAAUAAAGACAAAAUGACAAUUCCAACA